AUGGAUAUAAUGUGCAAAAAAAACUGGUUGAAGUUGCUUAAAAUCAAGGUAAAUGAGUCAACUCUGAAGGGUUUGCAUUCAAGAUUAAAAGUCUGUAAAAGGUUAAGUUUAUCAUGGUGUGGUAAUCAAGGGCGUAUUCCUCCUUCAUGCUUUGUUAAGUUUUUAGAGACCAGUUGUCCUUUGUUACUGUAUUUGAAUUUAUCUUCUUGUUCAUUUGUCAAUGACAGUGCUUUAAAAGCAAUUGCCAGUCAUUGCUCAUGUUUGCAAGAACUGAUAUUACAAAGCUGUCGUUCCAGUGACUUGACUCGAACAGGAUUUAAUUACAUUUCACUAAUACAAAAUUUAACAUACCUUGAUUUGUAUCGAACAUUAAUAGAUGACUCUUCCAUACUUAAUAUUAUUAAGUCAUGUUCAAAGCUGGAACAUCUGUUUUUAGGGAGCUGUAUAGGUAUUAAGGAUUUUAAUGAAGUUGCUCAAGCUAUAGGAAGAAAUCUAAAAAAUCUCAAAACUCUGGAUUUGUGGAGAGCUACUUCACUGAAUUGUGCAGGCGUUAAAGAAAUAGCAGAGCAUUGUAAUGGUUUAAUAGAGCUUGACUUGGGCUGGUGCUACUUAAUUGAAGCCAGUUGUGGUUGUAUUCAGCAACUACUUAGUAAUUGUACAAAGGUGAAGAAACUUGGUCUAUCUGCAAUACGAUCUAUCUCAAAUAAUGAUGUAGAUAUCAUAGCUUGCAAUUGUAAAGCUAUUGAACAACUGGACAUCCUAGGCUUAAGUGAAGUUACAGUUGAUGCUGUAAGAAUUUUAUUGCAGUCAUGCAAGAUGCUAAAGCUGUUGGAUGUAUCAUAUUGCAAUACUUCAGUAAAAUCAGCCAUGUCAGAGUUAAAAGAAACAUUUCCUGAUGUUGAAAUUAAAUGCAGUAUUCCGCCUGAUACAAAGCUAUUUGACUAGAGAUUUUUGUAAUAAAUGUUUUAAAUUUUUAAUGUCUGUUGACUGAAAUUGUAAAAAAAAAAAAAAAAAAAAAAAAAAUAUAUAUAUAUAUAAUAUAUUAAAAGUU